AUGGUGAGAGGACUCCAUUCGUUGGUACUAGCUCCCCUUGUCACUGUCAAGGGUGUAUGGAUUCUUCUGCUGCCGCUCGUUGACGCCGUCCGAGCAGCCCGAGAGGGGCGUGCCGAUGUCGGACUUCUCGAGCUGGAACACCAUCAUGCCGAAGAACAAAUACAGCAGGAGGAGAUGCACACCAACCUUCAGCAGCAGACGCAUCUGACAAGUCUCGAGCACGUGGCAAACUCUGCGGCUGCUGGAGAGUUGCUGAUAUUCCGAAUGUUGACAGGGCAGCCGAAACAGGACCUCUGGACAAAUGGCUUGGCUGGAUACAACGUGAGCCGGACGUUGGAUGCGUACCACAUUGACUCCGCUGGCAAGCUGCACCAGGCGGUCGCUGCAGCUGCGGACACCCAAUGCAUGGGCCGGCUCCUCCUGGACUCAGAGCACAGGUGCCACAAGGCAUUCCCAGUCUACGACCUGAUGCUGACAACGCUGCUUGUGAUGUUGAUGACAAGCUUGGUGUGCUGUGGCUGCUGUUGCGGGCCGUUCUGUCAUGGUCCGGUCAAGACUUACAGCCUCCGCGAGAAGUCGGGCAAGGAAGCCCAGACAGACUGGAAGUAG